AUGAUUUUUAUAAUCUCAAAACAAAUCAAUUCCGGUGUUCAAGUGGUCAAUGUAUUCACGAAUCUCUUCGUUGUAACAAACGAUAUGAUUGUACGGAUAGAUCAGAUGAAGAGCAAUGUAUUCCUGCCGACUGUCAUUCCGGACAAUUUAAAUGCUCUGAUGGACAAUGUAUUGACGACAAUCUUCGUUGCGCAGAUUCUUCGGAUGAGAGCAAUUGCGAGGUUGCAGUUAAAUACUGUCGACAAACAGAAUUUAAAUGUGGAAACGGAGAGUGCAUUGAAUUGUCCAAAAAAUGGAACCGAUGAGACCAACUGCCAAAUAGAGUUGUGUUCAGUGCAUGAAUUUGAGUGCGAAGUGGACGGGAAAUGUAUAUCCGGGUCAUUAAGAUGUGACUCCUAUUAUGAUUGUUCCGACUAUUCGGACGAACAAAACUGUGAGACACGAUUGUGUCGUUUAUCGCAAUUCAAAUGUGGGACCGGAUUAUGCAUAGAUAGGGCGCUUGUAUGCAAUGGUGUGGCCGACUGUCCGGAUCGGAUUUGUCUGUCGGGUCAGUACAUCUGUGCGAACGGGCAGUGCAUUGAUAUGAGUAGAAGAUGUGAUGGUAUCGCUAAUUGUAAUGACAAUUCCGAUGAAAUGGAUUGCAUUACAAACGACAUUAAUAUUCAAGUCUAUCCCGAGAGACAAAACAUACGUCAGGGACAGGAAGUAGUGUUCAGGUGUCGCGAGGAAAGCGAGAAAAGAUUACCCGUUCAGUGGGGACGACCUGAUGGACAACCGCUUCCCUAUGGAUCAACUGACGUGAGAGGAAGGCUUACAAUACCUAAUAUACAGCCACAACAAAGUGGUGUAUAUAUAUGUUCGACAAUCGCUAGUCCUUUAGGCUCAAGAGGGGCUCAAAGGGCAGCCGUCCUAACAGUGCAACCCUUAAUAUAUUAA